AUGCAUAAGUCAAAUGAAGAUUGCUUUUAUUUUCUUACAUCAUCGUGUACAAAAGGCCCAUUAUGUACAUUUCGACAUAGUCCAUUGGCGUUAGCAUCAAAUACGAUUUGUGCGUCAUGGUCACGUGGAAAUUGUUUGGACCCAGCUUGUCCACAUCGGCAUACGAAACCCACACCACGUCCAAUGAUUGGUAAUGGCAUCUUAUGUUUUUAUGAGAACACACCCAUGGGUUGUCUGAAACUUGAAUGUACAUUUAUUCACUCGAAACCACGAACGCAUUUACGAAACGCACCAGUGAUUCGACCGUCAGCUGGGGCUCUGGUCAAUAAAGACGUAUCUAAACCGAUUGUCAUAACUUCUCUGCCAAUCGACACUCCACCGCAAAUCACACCAAUCACCACUAGUGGAAAUAACAUAACUCAAGCAACAUUACCAACUACAACACUUGAACCUUCAUCAACAGUGAAAUCCGACUCGAUACCGCGUCGUAUCGCAGUUACGUCAAAUAGUGAAGCGAAAAUGGAAAUAAAAACCCAACCAGAUCAAAGUGAAACCAAUCGCAGUUCAAUCAAAUCCACUACUCGUAGUGUCAUUACGGAUUGUCGAAGCGUUGUGACUGCUGAACCACCUGCUAUUCCAAAUAGGAAAAUUUUGAAAACUCCAAUUUCGUCUUCAACUCGUGUCGUCGUUACAUCUGAUAAAACUCAUUCACCCAAAGGAAAAUCUGACGAUCCGGAUCUCAAUGGACAAGAGAAUACGACUAAGAAAUUCAAACCAAAUUGUCAAUCAAUUAUUGAUAUUCCAUUUCCAUGUUCAAUGCCGGCAAUGCCAAAUAGUUUGCCAUUUAUGUCAUCCGAAGAGAAAAAUUCAAAUAAUGAUACAAAACCAAUUCGAUUAAAUCGUAAUCGAUUACCCACAAGCAAAACUUCCGAUGCAAAUUCAUCUAUUUCCACUUCGAAAUUGAACAAUGAAGACAAACCAUCUGCGGGAACAGAAUUAUCACGAGAAGAAGAACGACGAACGCUGCGUAUCGAACGCUUCCAGAAAAAGCCGGUAUCACCACCUCAAGUAACUGUCUCCUUGUCUCCAACUGCUACAAAUACUAAACAUUUGACCAAUAACAAGACUACUUCGCCACCUAAUGAACGUAAACGCACUGUACCAGAGACAAUGCUUAAAACUACACCACCACCAAAGCGUCUUGCUACAUCGACAUCGCAAGAUCAAUCAUUACCUUCAUCAGUGUCUCCUAUAACACGUCCGCGUUUCGUGCCACAACCUAUUGAGGCUCCUUCUUCAUCUACGAAACCAUCACGUCUUCGACAACCUCCAUCAACUGUGAUUAAACAAUUCCUAACUCCAGUGACAAAGGCUAAAUCAAUCGAACAGAUUCCAUCAAAGAAUUCUUCAGAAAGUCAACCUUCUACUACAAAAUCAACAGGGAAGUGCUCAACAUCAAAUUCUAUCAAUGAGGAAGACGAAAAUCAAUUGUUGAAGUUGAAUGAACCAACGGACAUUGUCGAUACAUUCGCAUUAAUUGAUGAAGCGCUACAAGAAACAGAUCAUUUACUUGAACUUAUGUAA